UUACUCGCCCCUAACUUUCUCCUAAAAUUAUGUAGAGACAAUUAUUACUAUGUCAUUCAAGUAAAGCUAUUUAUCAUUUUGCUCCUUUAGGAAUCUGCUGAAGUAUCCACUGAAAACAAUGAACUGACUAAGGAAGAAAAGAUCGACUUAAAGCAGAUGGAAUCUACCAGCAUCUCCCAAGAAGAAUCUGCUGAAGUAUUCCCUGAGAAAAUUAAGUCAAAUGAAGAAAAGAACUACCUGAAACAGCUGAUGAAAAUCAACCAGUUUCUCCAGAAGUUCACUGUCCCCCAGUAUGUCCAGGCUGUUCCCCUUGUAGUCUAUGAACCUGUGGAAUCACAUUCAGGAAAACACCUACCCUUAUAUUCCCAUUUGGGUAUGACUAGAGAAAUCAUUCCUUUAUAAUUUUUUCAUCUAUCACAUCACCUCCUACUAUCAAUAUGCUUUGGCAUGCUUCUUGAAAAGUCAAUAGCAUUGAGUCAAAAGAAGAUUGUGUGGAGUAUUUUCCGUGUUGGUUAUGACCUUUUUAGUUUGUGUGAGAUAUGCCAGAUCUGGAUUGUGAUAUCAUAUUUACUGUAUUGAUGAUUAAAUGAGGUCUUUUCUCCACUAUCUCUGAAAUGUAGAACUGUAUAUCACUUGCCAAAACAUUAAAAUUUCGAAAAAAGUUGUA